UUGUUCGGUGUGCGUUUGCUCUACGACUUCACCCGCUACGCCGCGCACGGCUUCGCGCCGGAGGUACGGCCGUUCCCGUUGCGGCCGAUCGGAGGCGGCGCCGGGCUCACCGAGACCGAGAUGCUGGGGAUCGUCAUCGGUGCCGCGGCGUUGUCCGUGGCGAUCGCGCUGAUCGACGCCGACAUGCACCGGAUCGAGCGGGAGGAUGUCCCGGAUCGCCAGGCGCGCUCCCGUGUCGACGAGAUCACCGUCAACGGCCGCCCCGCGAAGCUGGCGACCCGCCUGUAUCGCGGCGACCGCGUCGCGGUCACCUACCGUGAACCGGAGCCGCUGACGGCCGUCCCGGAGGAGAUGGCCUUGUCGAUCCUCCACGAAGAUGCCCACGCCAUCGUGCUGGACAAGCCGGCCGGCAUCGUCACCCAUCCGGGCGCGGGAAAUCGCACCGGCACCCUCCUGAACGGCGUGCUCGGCCACUGCAACCGCGUGCGUGACGCGUUCCCGGAUGAGCCGGUGCGGCCGGGCGUGGUGCACCGGCUGGACAAGGAGACCUCCGGGGUCAUCAUUUUCGCCAAGUCCCCGGAAGCCCAUUUUGCGCUGACCCGCCAGUUCGCCCUGCGCCGCGUGCGCAAGCGCUACCUCGCGGUGCUCGAUGGCCGCCCGCCGGCGGCGGCUGGGACGGUGGACCUGCCGAUCGGCCGCGACGGCCGCGACCGCACCCGCUUCGCGGUGGUCGCCCGCGGCCGGCCGGCGCUAACCCGCUACCGCUAG